AUGGCGAGGGUCACCUGCUCUGCUCUCCAACAACUACACCCUGCACGGCACUCAGUGCACAGCAUAUAUACAUCACCCUCAUGCGGCGACCAAGUACCAACAAUGGCCUCCACCUUCCCCUCGCUCGACGGCCUCCUGGCCCGCCGCCCGCUGCUGCUCUACGCGGCCACGUGGACCGCGGUCGCUGCCAUGUCUGUGGCCGUGACGGCGCUCGCGCCGGAGCUCGCCUACGUUUGGGCAGUCGCGCCGGGGACGCCGCUCAGCAGGGCCUGCACUGGCAGCGGCUUCAACGGCGGGAGCAUCGGGCUGCCGCUAGACGGGCCGCCGUGGGAUGGCGUGUGCGUGCCGGCCAGCAUGUUUGGCCGUACCGUCCCUGAUGUGGUCGUCCCGCUCGUGUUCGCCGUUGUGGUCGUCGCCAGCGCCGUCGGGUUCACUACCGCAGUCGGCGUCUGGGAGGACGAUGAGGAGGAGGUCAGCGAUGGCCAAGUAGGACAGGUGUAG